UGAGAUUUUAGUCUCCUUCCUCAAUUUGACUACCAUCGCUUCUCUUUCUCCGAUCAAUCUCACUCCCCCCGACGAACCAACAAUGUCGAUUCAUCCAAAACCUCAAUUCUUCAUCCUCCUCUUACUCCUCACUUCUCUAAUCAUCUCUGCCUACUCAUCAUCACCCGACGCCGAUGCCGAACCGAACCAACCCGGAUCCGACGAAGAAUCCGACGAUCUGGAGCAGCUCCUAGCGGUAGACGAGCAGUUACAGCAAGAUCUCCCUCCUCACCACCACCACCAGCAAUCGGAAGCCGAGACGGUGAGCAAGGCGCAGAGGAUCGUGCUCGAGCUCAGCGGCGACAACGCGAAGCGAGUGAUCGGCGGGAACGAGUUCGUUAUGGUCCUAGGCUACGCGCCCUGGUGCGCGCGCAGCGCGGAUCUGAUGCCGAAGUUUUCGGAGGCGGCGACGGAUUUGAAGGAGAUCGGGAGUCCGGUUGUGAUGGCGAAGGUGGAUGGAGAUAGGUACUCGAAGGCCGCGUCGGAGAUGGAGAUCAGGGGGUUCCCUACGCUUCUUCUCUUCGUUAACGGUACUUCUCAGCCUUACACCGGUGGAUUCUCUGCAGAGGAUAUAGUCAUCUGGGUGCAGAAGAAGACUGGUUCACCCAUCAUUACAGUUAACACAGUUGAUGAAGCUCAGAGAUUUCUGAACAAGUAUCAUACUUUUGUUGUUGGUCUCUUCAACAAGCUAGAGGGUUCUGAAUAUAAUGAAUUUGUGAAAGCUGCAAAAUCAGACGACGAAAUUCAGUUUGUAGAAACAAGUGAUAUCGAUGUUGCGAGACUUCUGUUUCCUGAGCUCAAGACCAGUGAUGUGUUUAUUGGCAUGGUUAAAACUGAGGCGGAAAGGUACACUACAUAUGAUGGACUUUACAAAAUGGAGAAGAUAUUGGAGUUUCUAGGCAAGAACAAGUUUCCGUUGAUUACAAAAUUGAGUGAAAGCAAUACUGCUUGGGUUUACUCUAGUCCUGUUAAGCUUCAGGUUAUGAUCUUUGCCAAGGCUGAUGACUUUCAGAAUAUGGCUCAGUCUCUUGAAGAUUUUGCAAGAAGAUUUAAAUCGAAGCUUAUGUUUAUAUAUAUUGAUAUAACAAAUGAGAACCUUGCGAUGCCAUUCUUGACCUUGUUCGGAAUAGAGGAUGCCAACAAAAUUGUCGUUGCUGCUUUCGAUAACAAACUCAACUCCAAGUAUUUGCUCGAGUCAGAUCCUUCACAAAGCAAUAUAGAAGAUUUCUGUUCAGGACUUGCAGAUGGAACCGUUCCUCGCUACUACAGGUCAGAGCCAGUUCCAGAUAAUAAAAAUGCAAGCAUAGUGACUGUGGUAGGAAAGACUUUUGAUGAGUUGGUAUUGAACAGUCAAGAAAAUGUUCUUCUUGAGGUACAUACACCAUGGUGUGUGAACUGCGAGGCAAUGAGCAAACAGGUCGCCAAGUUAGCUAAGCAUUUCAAAGGCUUUGAGAAUCUUGUUUUUGCAAGAAUCGAUGCGUCUACAAAUGAGCAUGCCAAAUUACAGGUUGAUGAUUAUCCGACGAUCUUGCUCUACAAAUCUGGUGAAAAAGAGAAGCCGUUAAAGCUAUCAACUAAAUUGAGCGCCAAAGACAUGGCUGUUUCGAUCAAUGAAGAGUUGAAACCAAGAGGUGGUUCUGUUAAGGAUGAGUUGUAGUCAAGUUUUUCUAAGGAUAUGUAGACAAAAGAAGAGACAGAGAGAAAGAUACACAAUGUGAUGAAAUUACAUGUUUUUAAUGUAUCGUCUGUUAUUGGAAAACAAAUCAUUUCAACGAACUGACAUUACAAUUGA